AGUCCCGGGAGUCGGGGGUCGAGGAGGAUGCUGACCCCCGAGGGGACGUUCCCGGAGGCCGGGGGCCUGGACUCCAGCCAGCUGCAGAUGGAGACCGAUGAGCUGGACACCCUCAGAGAUGGCGAGGACCCAGCCGGGAGGAUGCGCCCAUUCCUGAGCAUCUACGACCUGCAGCCCCUGCGGGCCCACCCCACCGUGUUCGCCCCGGGGGUCCCCGUCACCGCCCGGGUUGUUGGGACAGAGCGCUACACCAGUGGCUCCAAGGUGGGCACCUGCACUCUGUACUCGGUCCGCCUGUCCCACGGAGACUUCACCUGGAUGACCAAGAAGAAAUUUCGGAAUUUCCAGGAGCUUCACCGAGAUCUCCUGAGACACAAAGUGUUAAUGAGCCUCCUACCUCUGGCCCGCUUCGCAGCGGCCUACUCUCCGGCCCGAGAAGCCGCCUCUGCUGAGAUGCCGUCCCUGCCCCGGGGAACAGAUGGUUCUUCCCACCAAACGGCCAGCAAGCAGAAAUACCUGGAAAAUUACCUGAAUCGCCUGUUGGCAAUGUCCUUCUACCGGAACUACCACGCCAUGACAGAGUUCCUUGAGGUGAGCCAGCUGUCUUUCAUCCCUGACCUCGGCCCCAAGGGACUGGAGGGGUUGAUUCGCAAGCGUUCGGGGGGACACCGCGUCCCGGGGUUCAAGUGCUGCGGAAGGGAUCAGAUCUGUUACAGCUGGUCCAAGAGAUGGCUGGUGGUCAAGGACACGUUCCUCUUGUAUAUGCGGCCGGAGUCGGGCUCCAUCUCCUUCGUGCUGCUCUUCGAUCCCGACUUCGAGGUCCAGGUGGGGAAACGGAGCACGGAGGCCCGCUACGGAGUCCGGAUCGACACGUCGCACCGAUCCUUGAUUCUCAAGUGCAAUAGCUACCGCCAAGCCCGCUGGUGGGGCCAGGAGAUCACGGAGCUGGCCCAGGGCCAAGGGCGGGACUUCCUGCAGCUACACCAGCACCAGAGCUUUGCCCCACCCCGUCCAGGGACCCUAGCCAAAUGGUUUGUGAACGGGGCCGGCUACUUCGCGGCCGUGGCCGAUGCCAUCCUGCAGGCCCAGGAGGAAAUCUACAUCAUGGACUGGUGGCUGAGCCCCGAGAUUUACCUGAAGCGGCCUGCACACUCGGACGCCUGGAGACUUGACAUCCUUCUCAAGAGGAAAGCGGAAGAGGGGGUGCGCAUCUCUGUGCUGCUGUUCAAGGAGGUGGAGCUGGCCCUGGGGAUCAACAGCGGCUACAGCAAGAAGAUCCUGACCUCACUGCACCCCAACAUCAAGGUGAUGCGCCACCCAGAUCAUGUGACCCUAUGGGCCCACCACGAGAAGCUGUUGGUGGUGGACCAGUCCGUGGCCUUCAUGGGCGGCCUGGACCUCGCCUACGGCCGCUGGGAUGACCAGCAUUACCGGCUCACGGACUUGGAAACUUCCUCAUUCCCCCAAAGCCCCUCAGAAGAGCCAGCCCUGCCCCCGGGCCACGACCUCUCCCAUAACCACCUGUUCUGGCUCGGCAAGGAUUACAGCAACCUCAUCGCCAAGGAUUGGGUCCAGCUGGAGAGGCCCUUCGAGGAUUUCAUUGACAGAGAGAAGACCCCCCGGAUGCCGUGGCGGGACGUGGGCGUGGUGGUUCACGGACCCCCCGCCCGAGACCUGGCGCGACACUUCAUCCAGCGCUGGAACUUCACCAAGACAAUCAAGGCCAAGUACAAGAUCCCCUUGUAUCCGUACCUGCUGCCCAAAUCCCCCAGUUUGGCACAUCAGUUGCCCUUCUCCCUGCCAGGGGGCCAAUGUGCCACCGUGCAGGUACUCCGGUCAGUUGACCGCUGGUCGGCAGGCACGCAGGAGAGCUCCAUCCUCAACGCUUACCUCCACACCAUCCGCCACAGCCGCCACUUCCUGUACAUCGAGAAUCAGUUCUUCAUCAGCUGUGCGGACGGGCGGACGGUGUUCAACACAGUCGGGGAUGCCAUUGUGGAGCGGAUCCUACUGGCCCAUAAAAAGGGGGAAUGCUUCCGAGUGUUCAUCCUCCUGCCCCUUCUACCCGGCUUCGAGGGAGACAUCUCCACCGGGGGCGGGAACGCCAUACAAGCCAUCCUGCACUUCACCUACAGGACCCUGUGUCGGGGGGAAUAUUCAAUUCUCCACCGUCUGAAGGCGGCAAUGGGCACUGAAUGGCGGGAGUUCCUGUCGGUGUGUGGCCUGAGGACCCACGGAGAGCUGGGCGGCAAGCUCCUGUCCGAACUCAUCUACGUGCACAGCAAGCUCCUCAUCGCCGACGACCGCACCGUCAUCAUCGGCUCGGCGAACAUCAACGACCGGAGCCUGCUGGGGAAGCGGGACAGCGAACUGGCCGUGCUGGUGGAGGACACGGAGACGGAGCCGUCGGUCAUGGACGGGCAGCCCUACCAGGCGGGACGCUUCGCCCUCGGCCUGCGCAAGCAGUGCUUCAGUGCCCUCCUGGGGACCGCGGCCCAGCCGGGCCUGGACCUGCAGGACCCGGUGUGCGACCACUUCUUCGACCGCUGGCUGGACACGGCCCAGGCCAACGCCGACAUCUACGAGCAGAUCUUCCGCUGCCUGCCCUCGGAUGCCACGCCGUCGCUGCGCGCCCUGCGGGAGUACGUGGUGGCCAAGCCGCUGGCCGCCGUCAGCCCCGCGCUGGCCCGGCCUGAGCUGGCCCGCCUCCGCGGGCACCUCGUCCGCUUCCCGCUCAAGUUCCUGGAGGAGGAGUCCCUGCUCCCGCCACUCAACAGCAAGGAGGGCAUGGUGCCCGUCGAAGUCUGGACGUGAUGGGGCGGGGCUGGACUGUGCUGGACGCCCCAGCAAGCACCCAGACCCUCUGAGAUUCCCCAAACGGCCGUGAGCCCACUGUUGGGUAGGGACUGGCUCUAUAUGUUGCCAAUUUAUAAUGAUGAUGGCAUUUAAAA